UCUCCAUCCAUUAAUCCAUAUCACCCUAGGUCCCUCCCUUUAAAAAAGCUUUGCUAGCCAACACUAAAGCUACAAUAUAUAUUUUAUUUUAUAAAUUUAUAUUAGAAAAUGGGUAUUAAAUCUUCCAUAAGAAAAGAAGUUGAUGCAAUAGAAGAUGACUAUAACGAUGAUGAUGAUAAAUACAAAAACCACCACAUUCCAGGAAAAAGAAGAUCACUCUAAUUUCUCCAACCUUACUCUAAACCUUACCCCAUCCCCAACCUGGAAACUAUACGAAAAUCCUUUCUAUAGUUGUCCUCAAAACUAUAAUCAUAACCAAGAAAACAUAAGGCAGCAAGGCCAAGAACAAGAACAAGAAGAAAACAAGCAACUUCAUCUACUCCAUUUGCCCGUUUCUACUCGAAAGAUUGCAGCAUCCUUCUUUGAUCUUACCUUUAUCAAGCCAUUUAUGGAUUCGGACCUCGAGACUGCUCAAAGCCAGAUAACGGAGCUUAAAGCACAACUUGAAUAUGAACGUAAAGCGCGCAAGAAGGCUGAGUCCUUAACCAAGAAGUUGACAAAACAAGUGUCCGGAGAGAGGAAAGAAAGAGAAGCAUUGGAGAAAGUAUGUGAAGAGCUUGCGGUUCAGUUAACGUCUAGUAAGUCGGAAAUCAAUAGGCUGAAGAUGGACAUGGAAGAAGAAAGAAAGAUGUUACGUGUGGCUGAAGUUUUAAGAGAAGAAAGAGUUCAAAUGAAGCUUAGUGAUGCCAAACAUUUGCUGGAAGAAAAGAUUUCGGAAUUGGAAAUUACGAAAAUAACCCAUCACAAGCAUAAUAAUUAUGAUCAAGAAGAGUCUGAAAAUGAUCACACUAUUGUUAUAUCAGCCGGAAAUCCACUUAAGUUACAAGGUAGAAAGCAGGUGUCAUUAGAGCCUGAAAACCCACACAUUAAACGUGGAAUCCGUGGGUUUGUCGAGUUUCCACGGGUUGUUAAAGCAAUCGGGUCGAGAGGUAGGAACCUGGGUACCAAAUUAGAGUGUCAAAAGGCUCAACUCAUGAUACUAUUGAAACAGAAGACACAAAUCCAGUCGAACAAUCUAAUCACGAGUUGAGUACGUUUAAUUUGAUCAUGAUCAAUUACACUUAUAAUUAUUACUACUAUACUAGUAUUAAUUUUUUCAUUAUAAAUAACUAAGUUGAUGUUGGUUCUUGGUGAUUAAGUAAUAAUUCAGAAAUUCUAGUAAAAUUGUGUGUUUUUAUUGAUGUGUUUUUUUUUUUUUUUAAGAUCUCAUAGUGCUUGUAAUAUUGAUGAAAUGUUGUAUGUAACUUUAGAUUAUUCUUUUGAAAUGGUGGUAAUGAUUCAAGGACCAUUGGCACAUGGUUUACCUUUACCUCAAAUAAAUAUAUAGUAAUAAAAUGGUGGACCUCUCUUAUUAUUAUCUAA